AUUUAUUAAUUUAUUUUAUGUAUUUUUGUAUUUUUAAAAUGUUUUGUAUUUAUUUGUGUCAUUAUUAAUGAAUUAUUGAACUAUGUAUAAUUAGUGAUAUGAUAUACUUAUUAAAUGUCCACCUUAAUUAUUAAAUUGUACAAUAAUUUCCUAAUUAUAUACACACUAAUUUUUAUAUUUCUUAUACCAAAUUACUCAAAUUCCAUUUCAUUGUCAACGAAUAAAACAUACACAUUAAACCUAAGUUUUAUCCAGAAUCACGAUGGUGGAUUCUUUCCAUUUAUUAAUACACAUAAUUCAAAAAAUCAUAUAGAAAGUUUUGAAAGUACCCGUAAUGACUGGCGUUUGUUUGAAAAGCCGAUUUACGAGAUAGGUCCCACUCCAAGAUCAGCAAUUCCAAAGCACAUUCCCCUGGACUACGAAAAUUUAUUGAGAACUCAUGAUCCAUCUAAAAUUAACUUUAACACUCGGUUGUGUGAUUUUCCAGGGGUGCAAAUCGGGGAUAUAGACGACUUGUAUGGGAAAAUCUAUGAUCGCAAGGUUUUGAUGAAGCAGUUGAGAUAUUUUUUGGAAAGAGAUGAUUUUAACUCAAUUUGGAGAUUAAUGGAGUACAACAGAGAUGUGCUUAACAAAAUGGACUGCGACCUUUUAAUGAAGGAUUUUGACCACCUGAUGUUCGCCAGAUUGAAAUAUGAGUACCCUGAGCCUGAGAAUUUGGAGAGGACAAUGCCUUUUUUAGUAUCUAGAUAUGUUCUCCAACACGUUUUGCAGCAGGAUUUGGGGUCUAAGCGCAAUUACAAAUGGCUUGAGCCAGGAGAAAUACCCGAAAAGCUUCCCAAAUACACUGAAGACUACGUUGAGCCUAAAUCGUCCCCCGAGAACCCAAUUCACGUUAGAGAUACUGCCGCCUACCGUUCUAUUAUGAACCAUUUAGAAGAGUCCGAAGACCAUUAUAGGUUAUGCGCUCUUAGGGAGCUUUUCCAAAGGCUUAUUGAUUGUAAGAGGAAGAAGCUGAAAAAGGCUUUGUGGAGAUUCCAGAGGCUAAAACCGUUCAGAUCACUGUCUUAUAGGCGUAAAGUUGCCAAUAAAAUUGACAUUGACCGCGUUUCACCAUUCCUAUCAAGGCCAAUGCGUUGUACUGAUGAAAUAGUUAAGUUAUACACCGGUCACUUCGAAGAUGCAGUAAACAAACAGGAUUUGGCCACUGCUUGUAGGCUUAUAAAUCGCUUUGCAAGGAGGAUAAUAUUCAUCGACAACUUCCCCCUAAUCCGAAAAUUUAUGAGUUUGUUUGCUGAAAUUCACGCCUGUAAGAAGUAUAACCUCCAGGCACUGAAGCGACUCAGAGCAACCUACUGGAGCACAGUAAAGAAACACAAAUUCCUCAUCAGAUAUAACGAGCCUAUGAUGAUCAUGGAGGCUGGAAAAACACUGAAGGAUUUGUAUGAAGAACAAUUAGAAGAAUACAGGAAGAAAAGAGAUGCUAAAAAUGAUGAAAAAAUGAGGAAGUUGGGGGUAAAUAUGGAUGAAGUUAGAGAUUUCUCAAACGUAUACGGAGAGGACUGGAUUCCUAUACUUUACCCAAAGGAAUAUGAAGAAGGAAUUAAAUUACACCAACAAAGGCUGGAAAAACUUAGAAAGAAGGCUGAAAAGGUAAGAAAUGAGGAAAUGAGGAAGAGAAGUUACGAAGAUUUUGAAAUGCCGGAAGAACCGGAAUCCCUAGAAGGAUUGGAACUCCCAAAAGAGGAAGAAUUAGAAGAAGCUUUAUAAAAUAAUUUAAUUUUUAUACUUA